CAGAAGGUUCAUAUGUCCCACCAUCUCGGUUCGACAGCAACUUAGUUCUGAAGUAAUCACAUCGAACUACCGUCGACGUUAAACCGACUCACCUCACUAUAUAUCUAUCGUUUACUCGAUAUCGCCAUAGCAAUAUUAAGUUGACCACUGAUAGAUACACUUUCAACAAUGUCAAUGUACGCCAUGUCGCAACAUCAAUACUCAUAUCCACCCGCGCCGGCGCCGAGACAGUACUCGGCACACGGGACCAGCAGUGCUUUCUCCAGUUCAGCCAACCCUGAUGAGGAUUGGACCAAGAUAUCGGACCUUGCCGAACGCAGGAGGAUACAGAACCGAAUUGCCCAGCGCAACUACCGCAAGAAGCUCAAGAGACGUCUGGAAGACCUCGAGAGGCGCGCCGGUACCUCGGACGAUGCAUCUUCUCCUACGGGGAGUGACAAGCAGUCGCAGUCCGGCAGCACACGGAAUACCAAGAAGACGAGUUCCUCUAAGGUGCAGAAAUCCUCCGCAGCUCCGCACAAGACCGUACAGCCUCAAUUUACACCUCCGAUGAACCACGACGACGAGAUAAUAUUUAGCCAGUCGUAUGACGACCGAGAGCGGUCUCACACGCCACCGUUUAUGCCCUACUCGGCAUAUCCUCCUCCCGACGAGAUGGUUCUACCCCCGUACAACUCGGCCCAGCCUUACCAUCACCCAAUUACAACCGGCGAAGGCUAUCCCAGCUACAUAGCUACGAAUGUUCCCUGCACACUUCCUCCUAUGACACACUUCAAUGAUGCUAUCAAGAGGGAGGCGACAUAUCCAGAAGAAACCAUGUCUCCGUAUAUGAACUACGGUUUCGUACCAGGAAUGGAUGUCCACGGCCAAAAUUCGUACGACCACUCCAACCCUCAUACUCCACCGCUUUCACACUCGUACGAACACUCGGCGAACUGUUCAGAGUCCGGUUAUGACUACCCGACAACACCUCUCUCAAUGCCAGGGUCUCCCGGCCUCGGGCAACAUCGCUCAUAGCUUAUAGCUAGCUAGGGUGUUAAGGUAUGAUAGGACACGAAUGCACGGCCGAGAAUAGGGAUUUUGGACGGAUGGAUUACGUUUUAUCUCGGGCACGGCGGGGCGAGAUAUCUUACAUGGAAGACGAAGGGCUCGUCUCCGUGGCGCAUAUUGUUGGUUUAGGGAUAUCCAGGUGCAGCGCGGUGUUAUUUGACGGGAUUUUGGCAUGGCCUUAGAUGAUACAUACAAAGGGCUCUCCCGAGCUGAAGCGAGAAUAUUGGCGAAUGGAACAAGGGUUGGCACGAAUAUGUCAAGUUUACUGUGUAGGGAAUGCAAGUAUUUCAUCGUCCUUAUGGCAUUUCAAUGCCUCCAUUACUUAGUAAACGAAGCUUCUGACUUCGUGCUCGGAAUACUAGCAAAAAUCGAGGUUAGUUUUACCACUCAAUUCUACUUGCGACAGACUGUAAACAAGA